AUGAUGCCUCUAAUCGGAUACUCAGCUACAAAGUUAUCAACAAAUGAUUACGCUUAUUUUGGAGGAAGCUAUAAUGGUAAACUAGGUUACACAAAGUAUAAUCUUUUAAAUGGAAACCCAAGUUAUUCAUAUUAAAUUUAAAAUAGUAAUGGACCUUCAAUAUAAUAAAUCAGUAAACUCUCAAAAUUUGUCAAUACCAUUUUGAGUAGUAUAACAAUAUUUGCAUGUGCUGAAAAUCUUGGUAGUGAUGGAUUUGAUAUUGGAUUACUUAAAAUAUAAGAAACAUUUCUAGGACCAACCCUAAUUUAAUCUUGGUACUUAGAUAUGGAUGUAAAGAGUCAUUGCUUAGAUGUUAAAAUUGACUUGCUAUAUUCGUAUAUGUUAUUUUACAAAGAAAAUUCAAUUGUUUUACAAGGGAAAAUUACCUUACUUGAUAGUUAUGCAGUAAUGUUGUUAUAGUAGAUUCGUCUUUCAACCACUAUUUCUCAAACAAUAUUCCCAAAAAUAGGAUACAUAACUGAAUAAAACUAAUACUUCUUUGUUGGGCAAACAAGCUAAAUUAAUGCCUUUAGUUAUAUAAAAAAUUCUUUCAUUUUCCAACUUGGCAUUGGUAUUCCUAAAAUCAACAAUCCUAGUUAAUAAACUAUCACUCCAUCUACCGAAUCAAUUAUUUAUAAAGAACAGUUAGGAAUAAUAUCUUAAGAUAUCAAGAUUGUUAAUCUAUAAUAACUGCCUUCUAAUUGUCUGUAAUUGGAACCUUAAGGAAUAAUUUUAUUACCCUCAUUCCAGUCUCAAUACAACUACACAGUUAAUGAAACAGAAUUAGUACUUAAUUUUUAAGAUUUCAUCUACUCAAAAAUAUGUGUAGACUAAUCUUGGACUUAUGAAGCAAUAAUGGCAAACGAUUCACCGCUUCCUAAUUUCAUAAGAUUUAUAUAAAAUGCAAAUGGUUUUGGGAGCACAUUUAAGAUUUAUUCAUAAAAUAAUCAAACAUAAGGAACUUAUGAAUUAAAAUUAAAAGCUAUUCUUGGCAAUAUGUAUCAAUCAUCACUUAAUUUCAAAGUGGUUGUUAAACCUUUGAUAGUUCCUAUUUAAGAAUAAAAUCUUACUGGAAAUACAACUUACUUAAAUAAUACAACUAAUAAUACUAAUUCAAACAAUUCUACUAAUCCAGUAGAAAAUAGCAAUAGCACAAAUAGUAGUAAUGCAGGUGAUAACAAUUUGACAACAAAUCAAACAAAUAAUAAUAGUCAGACAAAUAACACUAAUUAAAAUGAAUAAAAUAACACCUCAAUUGAGAAUUAAAACAGCACUAGUAAUUAAACAGAAGUAGCAUAAAGCAAUAAUCAAGCAAAUUCUUCAAAUAAUAACUCAAAUAAUUUAAACUAAACAAACUUAAACAGUACCAACAAUACCCAAAAUACAACAGAAGAUGAUAAUAAUAAUGCAGGUAAUUAAACAAACGCAACAGCAGAGCAAUAAAAUAAUGAUACUUCAAUAAUUGGAGUGCCACUUAUUUUCUUUGAAACCCCGAUUUAAGAUAACUUUACAGUUUCAGUUGGUAGUAACUUAACUUAUGAAUUCCCAAAAUUAAACAAUGCUUUGAAUUUAAGUUAUUCUUUAGCUGUCUCUGAGUUAUUCCUAAAUAAAACUCCAGAGAUGGUAUCAUACAAUGAGACUCAUUUAUAAAUAAAGCCAUAAUUAAAUGAUUCAGGAAAAUAUUAUUUGAUAUUAGAAAUCUAAACCCAGAAUAAUUCGAGCAUAGAUUAAUCAGAGUAAUACAUGAUUAAACUAAACAUAUCUAAGAAACAAAAUUAAAGAGGGAUUAAACCAGUGAUUAAUUUAAUUUAGAAUAAUUCUGCAUUGGACAAUUAAACAUCAAACUUAACGGAUUUUAAUUUAAACUUUGAAAUUUAAUCAAUAUCAAUGCAUCAAGAACUAUUGAUUAAAUUCUCUAAAGAAAUUAUGAUUAGUGAGCUUUUGGCAAAUUAAAUCUAGAAGGCAUUAGAAAUAAACAUAGCAAAUAUUGAUUAAUAAAUAUCUUUAUUUGCAAUAAAAGAAUGGAAUCUCAUCGAAUUAAAUAAAUAAUACUUAAGAAUAAAACUUGCUUUUAAUGAGACUAAAUUUUUGGCAUCAUCAUUAGACUCUAAAAUUUUGGUCAAAAUCAAAGAUCCUACUUUGAUAAAAGCAGCAGAUACAAAUCUACUUAUCUCAGUAGAAUGUUCAGCAGAUAAAUGGAUACCUCCCUAAAUUAACCCAUAUGAUGAAGACAUUGAAUCUAUCUAAGAUGCUAGCACAAUUAUCUCAAAGCUUCUUGAAGUGAUAAUAAUUGGAUGUCUCUUAAUGGGUAUUCUAGCAGGCAGUAGUUUAUAGUUUUUAUGGGGUUUGAUAAACACUUUAUAAUUGGUCACUCAUACCCCUCUUUUUACCAUCUAGUAUACGGCCAAUAUUUGGAUUUUUCUUAAAAUACUUUUUGAUAUUGUUAACCUCGACUUUUAUAAUGCUGAGUUAUUACUAUAGAAUAUUUUUCAACUUAAAUCAUCAGAUAACUAUGAAUCAUACAAUGAUAGAUUUGCUUUCUUAGGCUAUGAUAACUCAAAUUUUAUUUAACUUAUUGGCUCUCCUAUGCUAUUUUUGCUUUACUAUGUUGCCUUAGGAUUUCUUCUUUUGAUAGUAUGA